AUGAGGACUUUACCCCCCUCUGACGCUCCUCGCCUCAAUCCCCGUCGCGGCUCCUCCGCUUCCUCUUCCACCGUCAACGGAAGAGACGCAAAUUACACCAAAGCCGGCAAUGAGAGCACCGGCGUGCAACACGCUGAGCGUCGAGCUAGCACAGGUUCCGGCUUUCGAAGUCGGCAGCCAUCUGUGGCAGCCCAGCUGACGAACCCCCUGGCUGGUAUGACUGAUGAAGACUGCCUACGCGAUGUCGACUCCUGGGUUGAGCAACGCGGUCUGCAACAUGAGCGUGAAACCUUCCGCAAAGGUGCUUUACUCGCCCGUGUCAUCAACACAGAGGGUGCUUUCGAGUCGAUGGAUUUAACACAAGAAGAGAAGGAAGUUCUACGCCGGGAAUCGACCCACCGCUGGAGCCAACCAUUCAUGCUGUACUUCUUGGUCGUCCUUUGCGCCGGCUCAGCCAUUGUACAGGGAAUGGAUCAGACCGCCGUCAAUGGCGCCCAGAUCUUUUAUUUCGAAGAAUUCGGCAUUACGAACGUGUGGAUCCACGGUCUUCUCAACGGGGCUCCCUACCUUUGCUCCUGCUUGAUCGGCUGCUGGACCAACGCACCGCUCAACAACUGGUUCGGUCGUCGCGGCACAAUCUUUAUCUCUUGCACCAUCUCGUUCAUUUCCUCUUUCUGGAUGGCUGCCGCCAAUACCUGGUGGAAUCUCCUCAUUGCCCGUUUCGUCUUGGGGUUUGCCGUCGGCGCAAAGUCCUCCACCACUCCCGUCUAUGCGGCCGAGUCCGCCCCAAAGACGAUCCGUGGUGCCCUCACAAUGAUGUGGCAAAUGUGGACCGCUUUCGGCAUCAUGCUUGGUUUCAUGGUGUCUGUCGCCUUCGAGAAUGUCCGUCCUGUCACGGGCAGUCCAACCGAGCCCUGGCGCUGGAUGUUGGCCUCGACUGCCAUCCCGCCCAUGAUUGUCAUGGCCCAGGUCUACUUCUGCCCCGAGUCCCCUCGUUGGUACAUGAGCAAGGGCAAAUUCGACAAGGCCUUCCACGCCUUCUGCCGUCUCCGCAACAACAAGAUCCUCGCAGCUCGUGAUAUGUACUACGCCAACAAGCUCCUCGAAGUCGAAGAGUCUCAGCGCGCCGGCAAGAACCUCUUCAAGGAAUUCUUCACCGUCCGCCGCAACCGACGCGCCGCCCAGUCCUCGUUCUUCGUCAUGUUUAUGCAGCAAUUUUGUGGCGUCAACGUCAUCGCCUACUACUCGACCAUGAUCUUCCAAUCGUCCGGAUUCGAGCGCUCCGAGGCCCUUCUCGUCUCCCUCGGUACCGGCGCCGUCAACUGGCUGUUCGCCAUCCCGGCAAUCUACACCAUUGACACCUUCGGUCGUCGCAACCUGCUGCUGACCACCUUCCCGCUCAUGUCCAUCUGUCUCCUCUUCACUGGCUUCUCCUUCUGGAUCGACGCUGGCCUGCCCGAAGGUGAGACCUCCCAGGCCCGCCUCGGCUGCGUUGCCACCGGUAUCUUCUUGUUCAUGGCCGUCUAUUCGCCCGGUGAGGGCCCCGUACCUUUCACCUACUCGGCCGAAGCCUUUCCCAUCUACAUUCGUGACACCGGCAUGUCAUUCGCGACAGCCACUUGCUGGGGCUUCAACUUCAUCCUGUCCCUCACAUGGCCGGCUCUGCUGGAGGCAUUCGGCCCCCAGGGCGCCUUCGGCUGGUACGCCUGGUGGAACCUUUUUGGGUGGAUCUACACUUACUUCCUGCUUCCUGAGACCAAGAACCUCACGCUCGAAGAACUCGACACCGUCUUCAACGUCGGCAACCGCGAGCACGGCAAGUACUACCUGGACAAGCUCCCCUGGUACCUCAACAAGAACGUGCUGCGCCGCGACGUCGAGCCUGUGCCGCCUCUCUACGAGUUUGGCGAGUACAAGCAGCGGGCUGCCAGCGUGCAGGCUGAGGCGGGUCAGCCGCAUAUCGAUGAGAAGGGGAACGGUGGUGUCGUGGCUUAG